AUGCGCAACACCACCUGCUACUUGCCCAAUGGCCUCUCCUUUAAUGUAUCGCCCGUUUUCGGGGGAGUCACCUUCAAAUCCGCCGAUUUCAACGCACAGAACUCCACCUUCCCCCCAGGUUGGACGAUUAUGAUCAACACCGAGAAUGCGAGCAAGACAGACGAGCAAGGAGAUGAACCAGACUCAGAGAACCCCCGCGACGGUGACGAUAAUUUUUCCCGUUUCACUACCCCCACCUUAGCCCGCGAUUCCCUCUACAUUUCCUAUAUAGUCAACCCACCAUCAAGCGAGUUCAAGCCCGUGACCUCACCCACGCGCCAGAUUGCCAUGAUGCUCUGGGCAACUCUAUGGUGGUACUUCCACGAGCCCGAACCAGACCUGCACGUGGAGACCGUCGCAUCGAGCAUGACCCCGCGCGACGGACGACCAAAAGGCGUAUGGCGGGUCAACAUCAAGCGCGAAGGAAUCUUUAAAGGCCGAAACCUUCUCCAGAAGCUCGAGCGCAUGGGACUAAUAGCGACCGAAGACUCCUCCGUCGGCCUCCAGCCCAUGGAAUCCCGCGACUCAAGCAGCUGGUCAACGAUGUUCGUCAGCCGGCGCAGCUUCUGGCAGCUCGACCCACGCCUAUUCCUCUUCACACUGACGCCCCGCGGAGGCCGUCCAUCAACACCUCCCUACCGGUCACGGAAUUCGUCUCCCGCGUCGUCAGAGGGUCCGCCCCCCGCAGCGCCGCUGGUGCUCGCGCCCAUGGAGGCAAUCUUCCACACGGCGAAUAUGGGCCCAUUCACCUCAGUAGGACCGUUCACGUCCGGCAGCCAUCUACCCACAUACUACCCGCCGCCGCCGAUGCAGUUCACCUCCACGAACGGCGUGCGACACCCCGUGCGCCCGAAACCGCCGCACCAGGGCGAGGUCUUCUACGUGCGCUACAUCCCCAGCCUGAGCCAGUAUCUCUCAUUCCGCGUGGCGUUUGUGCCGAUGAACCCCGGGGGUACUGCUAGUCGGCCUGGGACGCCUGUUAGCACGGCUGUGACGAGCAUCACGCACCAUCUCACCAAGAAUAUUUCCUCGGAUCUGGACACGAUGCACCGGUGGAUGAAUGUCCCGCGGGUGGAGGCGAUGUGGGGUGAAGGUGGGGAUAAGUCCGUGCAGGAGAAGUUCUUGCUGGCUAGUCUGACUAGCCGCCACAGCUUCCCUGUCAUCGGGUGUUGGGAUGGGAAGCCGUUUGGAUAUUUUGAGAUCUACUGGGUCAAGGAAGAUCGGCUGGGACGACUUGUGGACCACGUGGAUAAUUAUGAUCGGGGCAUUCAUCUGCUCGUUGGGGAACAGGAGUUCCGGGGUGCACACCGGGUUGCGGUCUGGCUGAGUGCGUUGGUGCACCACUGCUUCCUGUCGGAUAUGCGGACUGAAUCUGUGGUGUUGGAGCCCCGGAUUGAUAACCUCAAACUCAUUAAUUACCUCCAAGAAGCAGGCUUCUACAAAGAAGGCGAGGUCAGCUUCCCGCACAAGCACUCUGCUAUUAUGAGGAUCAAGCGCGAGUACUGGGAAAGCCCGGCUCUAUAG